UAGAGGAGUGCCAUGUCAGAGAUGGUCUCUGCCCCUCUUUAUCUCAUUUCCUUACAUUUGGCUCCUUACUUGCCCCCAGAGUAAUUGACUGAGCUUGGGCAGAUUGUCACCCCCUUUCCAUACAUCCCUUUCCAUAAAACCUCAUUGGCCUAUGUGCCAAGAGAAGAUGAAUUGAUGAGUUUUUUCAUGGCCCUCCCUCUGCUCCCAUGUAACAGGGAAGGGACUUCAGUUGUUACCAAGUAGUGAAACCUCCUGAUUUUACAGAUGCAGCAACCAAACUCUCACUAGCAAAAAUAAGAGACUUGCUCAGGAUGCCAUAUCAGGAACUAAUGCAACCAGAACCUGGGGCCAAUGGAACAGCUGUUACUGAAUUCAUCCUGCUGGGCUUGGUGGAGACACUGGAGCUCCUACCAGUUGUCUUUGUGCUCUUCCUCUUUGCCUACCUGGUAACAGUUGGGGGCAACCUGAGCAUUCUGGCAGCCAUCUUGGUGGAGCCCAAACUCCACACCCCCAUGUACUUCUUCUUGGGGAACCUGUCAGUGCUGGACAUUGGAUGUAUCACUGUCACUGUUCCCUCAAUGCUGGGUCGUCUGUUGACCCACAAGCGUGCUAUUCCUUAUGGAGCUUGCCUCACACAGCUUUUCUUCUUUCAUCUCCUGGUUGGUGUGGACUGCUUUUUGUUGACAGCCAUGGCCUAUGACCGAUUCCUGGCCAUCUGCCGGCCCCUCACCUAUAGCACCCACAUGAGUCUGAUGGUCCAGGGGAUUUUGGUGGCUGUGUCCUGGGCCUGUGCCUUUACCAAUGCAUUGACCCACACUGUGGCCAUAUCCACACUCAACUUCUGUGGUCCCAAUGUGAUCCAUCACUUCUACUGUGACCUCCCACAGCUCUUCCAGCUGUCCUGUUCCAGCACCCAACUCAAUGAGCAGUUGCUCUUUGCUGUUGGUUUCAUAAUGGCAGGUACACCCAUGGCUCUCAUUGUUACCUCCUAUGCCCACGUGGCAGCUGCCGUUUUACGAAUCCGCUCAGUGGAGGGCAGGAAGAAAACCUUCUCCACAUGUGGUUCCCAUCUCACUGUGGUCGCUCUAUUCUAUGGCUCAGGUAUCUUUAACUACAUGCGACUAGGUUCAGCCAAGCUUUCAGAUAAGGAUAAAGCUGUUGGAAUUUUUAACACUGUCAUCAACCCCAUGCUCAACCCAAUCAUCUACAGCCUCCGGAACCCUCAUGUGCAGGGUGCCCUCUGGCGGGUGAUCACAGGGAAGCGGUCACUGAUUUGAUAAGCGGUGCAGUGUCACUUCCUCCUUUUCUUUUUGGAAUAAGAAAUCCUUUGGAAUAAGGACCAAUCCUCUGGAGCCAAUGGCUAGAACAAAUGAUCCAGAAUUGCUUUUAUCUCUCUGAGCAUGAUAAUUUUUUUUGGAGGUGAUAAUAGUUAUUGUUUUUCAAAGAAGCCCUGCCUAGUUAUAGGCAAUGGGUAUGUAAAUUAAUGCUAGGUCAGGUCACUUGACAAAUUACAACUUCAGUCAUCAACUGCUCCCUAUGCUGGGUAGAAGUGAAACCUAGGAAUGCUUACAGGUUCAUAUCCCACAGGGAAUGGCUUUUUGGUUGGUUAGAUUUUGGGUUUCCAAAAAUAUCCCUGCAGAUUUCCCCACCAGGGGGUCAUCUGAUUCCCUCAGGUCCAGGUAUGGUUGGUCUGUUUAUAAAACUUAGGUCUAGAGGUUAGGAUUUUCUCUCUCUCAUCAGCCUGCUACAAGACUGAAAGAGCGGCUCGUCUCUUUCCCAUCACAGAGAUGCCCUGGCAGACAGAGGAAACAGAUGGGGAGCUGUGCUGUUAUGUGUUCUCUGGUAACUCCUGAGAGCAUGAUUGCCAUGUGCACAACUUUGAAACUCCAUUAACAGAUAUGAUACCUCUUAUAAUACCAUGAUGAAUUUUCCUCAUCUUUCCUGACUCAUAUGUUUCAAAUCUUUGAAAAGCUAAGCAUUUAUAAUCUGAAUAUUAUUUCAACACUAACUGUUCUCUAGAAUACUCCAUAUGAAUUUCCCCUCUAAAUUCUUACUCUCAGUCCCCUAUGGGUUGUGUUAGCUAAUACAACCCAUAUCUGUAAAUACAAGUCUGUUGUAUUUGGCGAUGUCUCACCUUAAGUUUCUGUUUUCAGUGGGAAAGUACGCCUCUAACUUAGAACUCUAUCUUAUCUUGUG